AUGGUAUGCCUUUUGUUGUGCAGCAAACCCGUAUCUGGACGCAGUAUCAGGACAGAUACUGUCCAGAACACAACGCUCACAUUCAAGCUCAACGACCUUCCUAUCGGUUUCAUUCCACAACACGAUGCUUCACCAACACCAAUGGCAGAUAUCAAUACCGUACUAAGUCAGGGAGCAAAAGGUGUGGGUAACACCUAUCGCUCUGCCACGUUUGGAUGGUAUGCACAGGUCUAUCCUGGCUUACCAUUUAAAGGAGAACAAUUACUCAAGAUUAAAGAUGAUGUGAUCAAGAGCGGUGCAAUCUUUGAAAUUGCAAUCAUGCCUUUACGUUCUUACGACGGUUUUACAGCUCAGGAUCCUUCUCAAGCCAUAGCGGUUGCUAAGGUCUUACAACAAUUCACUCAAGCAGGCGUUCAAGUUCGUUUACGUUUUGGUCAUGAGAUGAACUACUAUGGUAACCCGACAAGGGGAGAGUAUAUUUAUAGUAAUGAUACAGGAGCAUUCAAAGAAGCAUUUAAGCAAAUGUCUAUUGCUGCUAAACAAUAUUGUCAAGAUAAAGCUCAAAUGGUGUUUAAUCCUAAUUCGGGCAGUUUAGCCGAGAUUGAUAGUUGGGCACCCGAUCCAAGCACAUACAGUAUGAUUGCUCUUGAUUAUUACGCACCAUCAAGGAAAUCUUUAUCUGUUGCAAAUUAUCUUUCUGUUGUUCAGCCAUUUUAUCAAAAGUACGGUCAAAAUGGAUCCAAGCAAUAUAUCAUUGCUGAAACAUCACUCCAAUACAAUUCAACAAUUGAUGAUCGAUUACGAUGGUUACUUGUACUUUCGGAUCCAAAAAUACGUCAAACACUCAAAUCACUUCAAAGUUUAACAUGGUUUAAUUUGAAUAAAGAUUUUCCAUUUGAAAUCGUUUAUCCACCUUCUGAUCCUGCAAAUGCUCCAUUGAUCAAGAUGGUGAGCAGCAGCAUGAACAAGAGAAAGCCUCUGUUUGUAGCGCUUCGCAGAUCUCUUGCUUUACUUUUCCUUGUUUCUGGGCUAAUAGAAAUCACUUGA